AUGCUUUCGCUGUUUUCAAAUGGAACGUUAGAGCAACGUUUGGACUGGUUAUUCGAUCUCUACGAUUGUAAUAGACGAGGAUAUAUCGUCGAAGAUGAUCAUGUUACCAGGCUGGACAAAAAUAAAAAUGGAAAAAUCACCCGAGCAGAUUUCAUUGAAGCCUGUCUAAAUGAUCCGAAAAUCACCACAUCGAUGGAAACUCUGCGAAGUGUAUGGUAG